UGAGAACCAUAAAUUACAGCUCUUCAUUUAUCUGAAUUUUACUUUGCGUAUGAGAUGGACGCUAUGUACGUACCUAACUAAUUAUUUUUCUAAACGCGCCUUACAAGUAACAUGUCCCAGCGUUUACUACGUUCAUUCACGGACCUUACAAUUAUAGACCGCCUUGUAUCUCAAGCCCCGAAUUUCCGCGUAAGCGAAAAUUGAAAACGAAUAACAUGGGUCAUUAAGAAAGUUCCUGCGCCGACUAAUCAACGGUUUUAACGACGUGAAGCAUUAGGGAUACGAUUAAUUAAUCGUAAGUAUUACGAUAUGCAGAAAUUAGACUUCGCACAAUCCUUUCUACAGCUUAUGUUAGACCGCCCAGUUGAAGUCGUCUUUGCUAGGAACUCUUUCUCUCCGGGAACAAUGCUCAACAAAAAGUCCUUUCAAAGUGUAACUAAAACAAACAGAUUCUGUCUGCAAUUUUUUGGCAUGCUGCCGCUGAAUGGGCCACCGAGUCGCCUGAAAAAUUUAGCGAGCUACUGUCUGACGGUGUACACACUUUUCUCCGUCACAAGCGUAAUCUUUCCAGUAUUUCAUCUGAUGCUGACCUCGGUAAAUAUUGGAAAAAAAAUUCGCACAAAAACUAGGAAUACCAUAAUAUAUAAUACGUCUACUGAGGAUAUCGGAUCUUCUUUUGCGACAGAACCUCGACCUGGAAGGUGUUUUAGACGCUCUUAACGUCACGGCAGGAGUAUUUGGAGGAGAAAUAAGGAUGAUUGUCAUUGCCAUGCAUCGGAGGAGAAUCCAUCGUCUGAUGUCGAUCUGCGAGGCGUUAUGGAACGACGCCGACAACGCUGCAGAUUACAAAAUUAUUUCUGCCUGGGCUAAACGAGCGAAAUCUUUGACCAACCUUCUAUGCACAUUUACGAUCUUCGCCGUUGGUGUAUUUGUAAUUUUACCCAUAAUCAGGCAGCUAUUACCCGGUUCCGAUAUUUCCACUAGAACUUGGCCGUAUCAAAUCAAUAUGGACGCCACGCAAUCUCCGCGAUAUGAACUUUACUACGCUUUACAGACAUGUUUUGUUUGCAACGCUCUUUGUAGUGUUAUCGGAUGCGACAGUACCGGACCUCUGUUAGCUAUACAUGCUUGUGGCCAACUGAAACUUAUCCAAACCUGGCUGUUAUCCAUUUUCGAAAACGAAACGGACUCGUCGUUGGUCAAUGGAAAGGAUGAAAUAAUCGUGAAAGAAAAGUUGAAGAAAUGCGUUCAGCGACAUCAAUUCGUCAUGCACUUCUGCGACGAAAUAGAAGAGCUGGUCCGCUACGCUAAUUUGACGCAGGUCUUGGCCGAGAUGUACAUGAUGGCGAUAUCAGCGUCAAGGUUGUCGAGGAUGCAGGGCGCAGGGAUAUUCAAACAGAUUGGACCUCUGCUGAUGGCCGCUAGUCAAAUUUUUAUUUCGUGUUUCGCUUCCGAGCAGCUUUCGUCCGAAAGCGUAAUGGUAGCAGAAACGGCAUACGCGAUACCCUGGUACCGAUGUUCUCCGCGAAUCAGGAAAAUGAUAUUGCUCAUCAUAAAUCGAUCACAGCGUCCUGUUCGACUUACCAUUGGAAAAUUUGGAGUCAUGUCUUUGGCGACGUUUGGAUCUAUCGUCUCUACUGCCACAUCGGUUUUCAUGUUGUUGCGGAGCGUUGAUUCUACCUAAAUCAGAUCAACCUAUCGGAAUUACCGCGUGCAGCCGAUAAGCUUCUGUCGUCACUAUAGGAUGAUUUCAAUGCACAUUGAUAUUGUAAUAGUCUGUUCACACCCGAGUACAAAAAUCUGGGAUACCUACAAUAGUUUCUGUAAGGAGAAUUAUUCUUGUUCGGUUGAAAAUAAUUUCAGUAUAGUUCAUAAUCUACAAUCAUAGAUAUAUUGGAGUAAAAUGUUACGGUUUUCUCAUCACCGUUUAGUGGCACAAUUCACUCAUUUCGCAAAGUUCAAUCGGCCCACACGAUAAUACAAUGGCAUGCGGGGCUUUCCACGUCAGAUGGGCCAGUUUUUAACCAGUUUUGAAUAUAUUUUGAACCCGAUGAAACUCUUUUGACGUCUUGAGAGGUCUCAUAAAUUAUGCUGAGACUAUACUAAUAACCGCCUAGAGUCAAGAUUUUCAAUCUACGAUUUAUACAGAAAAUCCAUGACCACGAAAUGACGUCUUCAAAAUUUCAAUGUUUCAUCAAAUUCCGAUCAUUCGUUCUCGAGAUACAACGGGAAACGUGAUGGCGGGUGACGUAGCCCGAGAUUUUAUAUUUUAGCGGGCUGGGCCCGAGCGCUCUCUAUCUCGUUCGUCUUUCUACCGCUUUGCGGCGUAUCGCCUCACGUCUUGCGCUCCCACCACGCUGGC